AUCACUAUGCUACUCGAGUAGCUUUAUACCAAUUAUACAUUGGUAGCUGUACUUUCGACGGUACACACUCUCUCUUUGGGACGAUUCCAAUCUUGCCUACCUUAUCUAUUCAUGCCCUUCUGCUGGAGGACGGUCUCUGGCUACCUUUGGGGUUGUAUAGCACGCAGUCUUCUUCAGGCUGCCAACCUACUGCCAAGACUAGGAGUUCUGGGUGAUUGCUAUGGUCAACGCUGCUUCACAUUCACAAUACUUCGAUCAUAUACAAUUCGCUUCUCAAGAGAAAGUCCACACGCUCUAACUGCCGGGUCACAUGACCAUAUUUGUACUGAGCGGUUAGUCAGCUGUUGCAACUUGGCGGCGGUGAUCCAUGACGUCACUAUGGGUUGGUGUGCGGAACAAAUGCCGAACUCCCGCUGCCAGCGACAAUAUGUGCACUUGGCACAAUCUAUGUACAUGUUGUGUUGUCUUCAGCGCAAACAGUCGCACAGGCUGUCAGAUGUUCCCACAGCCAUUGCCCGAGUGGAACUGAUGAGAUUAAGUCUGGGCCGGCGGUGAGACCCACCAUCAGAGCAUCAUUUUGGUUACUCGGUUUUAUAGGCAUUUCAGAAGAGCGAGCAUGGAAGCACAUUGAGCGGGCUCAUGGCUCGGCACGAGUCAAAACCCACUGCCGGCCGACCAGCGGAAUACACAAGACCUCAAACCUCAGAUCACAGAUGCACCCGUGCUUCGACUUGCGCUUAUAAAUCCUGAUCAAGGAAAUGAGCCGAAACAAGGUUGAGGGCAGUCCCCACUGGUGCAAAGUGAAACAAACCGUCGCACACACAACAGAUAACUCACCGCAGAUGGAACCUAUA